UUGUCGUUCUCAAGGAGGAGGGAUUCACCAACCUGAACUGCUGCGCCACCUGACGGCAGAUCACGUGACUGACAAUCUGCAGAAAAGCAAGCGACUUCCUCUGGCUCAGUGUCUGGCUUUGAAAUCAGCGAUUAAAAUGUUUGCAAAUGAGUCGUCUGCACUGAAAGCAGCGGAGCCCAGUGAAUGUCAUGACAGUGGACACCAAGACACUGCCAAGUGCCUGACUAAGCACACGACAGUAGCAGCUCAUGAUGAAGGUGAAACUUUCCGCCUGCUGCUGGUGGGCAAAACAGGGGCCGGGAAGAGUACAACAGGAAACACGAUUCUUGGCGAAGAUUUUUUCGACUCUGAAGCCAGCUUUGACUCGGUGACAGACUUGUGCCAGUUGAAGAGAAGUCAACGCAGUGGGGAGAACAUUGAGAUCCUUGAUUCGCCAGGUCUGUUUGAUACUCGCAAAGGUCACGAGGCAGUAGCCACCGCCAUUGCCAAGUCUGUGGCCGGCAUGAAUCCGGGUCCUCACGCUAUUCUCUACGUCAUCAAGAUCGGCCGUUACACGGAAGAGGAGGAGGGCGUGUACAAUCGUCUACUGGAGCUUUUUGACAAGGACCUGGCGAGCUACACCAUCGUCGUCUUCACUGGGGGAGACAGCAUUAAAAGCGGAAGAAACAUGGACGACAUGCUAGCAAAUGCACCUGAGAGCCUGAAAAGGAUCUUUAGAGCCUGUCAGAACAGGUAUGUCGUCUUCAACAACAUGGUGUCUGACAAACAGCCCCAGGUAGAUCUUCUUCUGCAGAAGGUGCGAGAACUAGUGGCUGCUAAUGGCGGAAAGCCUUACACUUGUCCCAAGUACUUCCACAUCGGGGAAGCCAUGGAGGAGGAGGUCAGGAAAAAGAUGGCGAAGGUUGAGAAGCAGCACCUUCAGAGCAAGCAGUAUGUCCAGGAACUUGAAGCCAAGGCGAAGCAAGCCGAGGAAGCCGUGGUAAGAGAGAAGGAAGAGUUUGAAAAGAAAGAACAAGCCCGACAGAAGGAAAUGAGGGAACUGGAAGCGAAGAGGACAGCACAGCUGGAGAGUCUCAAACAGCAGCUGGAGCAGCAACAGAUGAGUGAGGAGAGGAGACGGCAGGAAACAGAAGCCUUCUUGAAGAAACUCGAGGAAGACAGGCGGCAACAGAUGAGAGAGAUGGAAGAAGAAAGGAAAUUAGAGCAAGAGAACCUUAACAGGAAGGAAGAAGAAAUGAACACAAUGAUAGAAAGCAGGAUGAAGAGGAGAGGAAACUUCGAGAAGAAAUGGCGCGAGCUCACGACGAGGAGAUGACUGCACUGAGGGAAAGAAUCGUCGAAGGACAAGAACCUUCUUUCUUGAACUAUGUGAUGACACCUUUUGUACAGCUUAUUGAAGGCGUGUGUAAUUUGAUCACAAGAUUGGCUUCUGACUUUGAUGAUGACUAAUUCAUUUGGUUUCUGCCUCUUCCAUGUUUCUUUUUUGUUUAUAUUUUUGCUAUUAUUUACAGUAGUAUUUUAAUCAAAAAAGUGAGUGUGCAUGUGGGUGUGACUACUCACUACAGUCUUUCAGCUCAGCCUGUAAAAGCUCCAUGUGACGAAAGUAUUCGUGUGUGUUUCUUGAAAUGAAUCGCAAAUUAUCGACAUAUAGUUCUUACCUACUAAAAUAUUUUUUAUAUAUUUUGGAGACCUGUAACACAUUCAUAGAUGGACUGCCAGAUCGGUCUGCCGAAAUGGUUUUGCAUUUAAUGACUACUUCGACUACUUGUUUACCUACAUCCAAGCCUGCAACAAGUUUAUUUCUCGCUGUACGAAAGCUUAUUGCCUUCGUUCGUUGAUUCGCAAGAACCUUAUCCAUUGACCUCCGCCAUCACAAGCACCACCUCAGUUCAUGGUUGAGUUCUCUCGUCUAAACUCAUCGGUCAUCCAUCUUCCAAUGUCAGUGUUUAUUCUACCAAUAUUAAAGGUUUGGCUACAUGUGUAUGCAGGACAAUUAGACAUAUAUAUAUAUAUAUAUUAUUAAGCUUUUUUGUAUGGCUGUAGAUAUUAUUGAUAUAAACAACAUGCAAUGAAGAAUAUUUGUCAAUUUAAAUGAAUAAUGUACAGGAGAACUAGCUUUUACAUUUUAUUCGACGUCAAUUUGUUAAUUACUUGCUCUCGACUUUAAUAACAUUUAAGUGGCUUUACAAUCUGGUAGAAAAAUGUAAUUAUAAGAGAAAUAAAUCAAUUCGACUUU